AUGGAUCUAUUUAAGCGUGACAAUGGCAACACCUACCUCUCCCCUCGGGGUGUGCAAGGCUUGGUUUGCAGCGUUGUCUUCACAGCACUGGCAACUAUAUUUGUCGGCCUGCGCUUAUAUACUCGGACCAAGCUUUUAAGGAAGAUGGAGGCAAAUGACUGGAUGAUCGUCGUUGCACUAGUCAACUCAUAUAUUUUCAUGAGCCUCGAUAUGAUUGAGGCCACCAGUGGAAUGGGAAUGCAUCUCAAGGACAUCCCACCAGCGAUCCUCGAGAGACAGAUGAAGGCAUUCUGGCUCACUAUACCUUUCUAUAAUGCCGCCGUCCUCUGCGCAAAAGCAUCCAUCCUCAUGCAAUACUUCCGCGUCUUCCCCACACACCGCAUGCGAGUUGUAUGCUGGAUAAUGAUCACCAUCCUCGCGAUAUAUGGUACCUGGGCUGUAUUCAGCGCCUUCCUGAACUGCAUCCCUGUUGCCAAAUUCUGGGACGACUCGAUCGCCGGAUUCUGUCUCAAUAAACCAGGGCUCUGGUUCUCCAACGCCAGCAUGCACAUCACCACGGAUCUCGUGAUCCUUAUCAUCCCCAUCCCAGCUCUCAUCGCCAUCGAGAUCCCGCGCAGACAGAAAGCGGCACUGAUGAUCUUGUUUGGGUUAGGUGGCUUUGUCUGUAUCACAAGUAUUGUGCGGCUGGUCAGUUUGAAGAGGAUCUCCGACUCGACGGAUCCCACUUAUGAUAAUGUGGGCGCUGCAUCCUGGUCUGCUGUCGAGUGUAAUACGGGUAUUAUCUGCGCCUGUUUGCCGACUCUUAAGCCGCUCAUCUCGAAACUUGCACCGGGUCUUUUGUCGACGUUGGAUGGGAGUCGGCGGAAUGAGCAAUUGUCUACUUCUCGGCGUACUACUACGUGGAAUGACGAGUCUACGCUUGGUGCGCCUGGUGAGGAUGUUGAGUAUGGAGUUGGAGACCCUGAGCGAAUUUUGGAGCUUGUUCCGAGCGGGGCGGAUAGCUAUGGAAGACGCUGGUCUAGGGAGGAGAAGGUCGUGGGCCUGGGUGUUCCUGGGGUCGUUGAGGUUGCUGGGCCCAGGGAUCGCGAAUAUGGCCACCAGGCCCUUCACAACCAUACAGUGUCUGAGACGUCUGUUUAUUAUCAGCAGUGA